CUUUAAGCGGUCCCUCGGUGCCGCAGCCCGCGGGCCGUCCCGCGGCGCCUGCCCUACACCUCGAGCGGCAGUGCCCGUGGGCGCCCGUUGGAGCUGGGCAGAGCAGCACAGCACGCAACGGCCCAGCACGCCGGCUCCGACCGCCUGGCCCCGCGGCAGUACCGCUCCCUGCUCUCCGUCAGCCCCGACUGCCGCGCUUGCGCCGCCGCCGCCACACGCGGGGCUCGGCUGCUGUGGCCUCGCCAUGUCGGCUUCCUCCUGCUCCUCCACGGCCGCGCUGCGGCCGGUCACUCACCUCAUCUUUGACAUGGACGGCCUGUUGCUGGAUACCGAACGUCUAUAUACAACAGUGUUUGAAGAGAUAUGUGGGCGUUUUGGAAAGACCUAUACCUGGGACAUAAAGUCAUUGGUCAUGGGUAAAAAAGCACUAGAAGGGGCAGAGAUUAUUCGAGAUGUUCUAGAUCUUCCUAUAACUAAAGAAGAGUUAUUACAUGAAAGUAAAGUGAAGCAGGAGAAGAUAUUCCAUACAGCUGAACUGAUGCCAGGGGUCAAUAAACUGAUCCAACAUUUACACAAACACAACAUACCCAUAGCUGUUGCCACUAGCUCAGCUGCAGUGACAUUUCAGAUGAAAACAGCCAGACACAAAGACUUCUUCAAUCUUUUUCAUCAUAUUGUGCUGGGAGAUGACCCUGAGGUAAAGGGUGGCAAGCCACAGCCUGAUGCAUUUCUAGUUUGUGCAAAGAGAUUUCACCCUCCUGCACCUCCAGAGAAGUGUCUUGUGUUUGAAGAUUCACCACUUGGAGUCAAAGGAGCACUGGCAGCAGGAAUGCAAGUGGUUAUGAUUCCAGAUGAAAAUUUAAGUCCUGAUCAUAAAAAGGGGGCAACUCUGCUGCUGAAUUCCAUGGAGGACUUUAAACCAGAGCUUUUUGGUUUACCAGCAUAUGAUUAAUGCCUAAUGUCUAUGUACAUAAGCUUGAUUGGAGUUCAAGAAACUGAAAUGAAAUCUUGUUAAGGUUUGAUAAUUGUUUUGCUUUAUCUCUCUUUCUUAAAUCUAGAGCACAGAAAUCCUGUUAACACCAUGUCUUCCACAGUGGUAUAACCUUUGAAAAUUGACUGAAAUAUUACAUAUUUGCUCUCAUGAUGUAUGCAAAGUUAAAACAGUAUUUCGACUUCUGAAGUGAUCCAGCUUUGUUCUCAGUACACCAUAAUGUCUUCUGGGAAUAUUAUGAAACUAUUUAGACAAUUUAUUGUAAUUACAUUGGAAACUUCUUGUACUGUUUCCAUUUGAAUGGCUUACUGUUUAGCCUUUAACCAGAAAUCUGUUCUGGAUUGGCUUUUAUCGCAUUACAUUGUUUUCUAUACAGUUAUCACUAUAAACAUGUACCACUUCCUCAUCUUUUACUUGCCUGUCUAUUCCCUUUUGUAUCCUCAUAAUUUCAUUUACUAUUUUUAUGUUACACUUUCUGUGUGUGUGGGUUUUUUUGUUUCUUUUAUUCUGAUUUAUUUUUGUUUCUGGGGGUUUGAUGUGUUGACUUCCAGAGGUCCCUUACAACCUCCGUUCUGUCAUUGAGCUCUGGGGUAUGGUAAAUGCCUGCUAUAGAGCUAUACAGGGUUACAUGAUCUUUCUGUUUAACCAAACUACUCUUCAUCUUCCUCCUUAAAUUCUUCCUGUUUUCCAUGUUGCCAUGUAGCCUUCCCUCCCAUUUGUGUGAAAUGAAUCCAUUCUAUCUCUCUGUUUUAAUCUUGAUAAAGUUAUGGCUUUAGCUCCUGCAUAUCCAAGUAGCUUUCUCUAGACCAUCUCAACUAGUCCAUGAUUUCUGGAGACAUUUUUAAAAUCUAUUUUUUAAUUGUAGAAAUUGUCAUUUUGGUUGAUUUAAAUAUUAAAAUUUAUUUUUCUGGCAAACACGAUUUGCACAAAAUGA